AUGGCAACAAAUACAGACACAACAGAAUCCAAAGCCUCUUCAGAACAUGCUCACAACACCCGGUACAAGGGUGUAUCAGAGAAGAAGCGGAAGCCGUCGUUGGAUUGGGAUGAUCUAGAAGAGAGAGGCAAAAGACGCCGAGGGAAAGAAGGCGAGAAAUGGCGGAGGAGAAAUUCCGUGACCCACCUCGUCGCCUCAAUAUAUGCUGAUGUAGAGGCAGCUGUCGAAACGCAACGCCGGAUCGCUGGACAAGCCCCUAUACUCACCCAGGAAGAACGUUUGGACUAUGAGUCGUCCGAAGAUAUGCGUCUUGAUCAUUUGCGUGAAUUUCGACUUGCUCAGAUGUUUUCCAGUCCCAAAACACGAAACAGGCUCAGAGCCGCACCGGUGCCGCGAGGUAGGCGUUUCGAUUCUGUUCGUGCUGGUCGCGACGUCGUUACGCGGGCGGUGGUAGAUAAAUGGCGAUUGCUGAACACCAUUAUCGAUACCUUGGGCUGGGUAGUGAUCGCGAUAUGCUUGCACUCAGCCAACUUCCGGACACGAUUUCUGGAAGCCACGGAUGCAGUGGACUUUACAGAAAGGCUAGAAAAACUGCGACUCCACAAAGAGAGUAUUGAGUUCUUUGCAAAGAGCCGGCAAUUCGAUUGGCUGGAAGUGACCACUGAGCAAGAAGAACAGGACGUACUGCUCAGAGAUCUGAAUUGCCUGCUAACAGGAACAGCUAUACCUAAAGAACAGGAGAUAAACGAGGACGAAGCAGAAGAUGCCCGUUUGAAUGCCGACACGAAAAUAGCUGGCUUUCCUAAUGACGGCGCAGGCCUGGAUCAUCCCCAUGAAUGGAAGCUUUCUGCUGACGGCCUGACAGCGGUACGACUUACAUUCCUCCCUGGAGGAGGAAGGGCCACCUUGCAGCUGCAAAGCAACAUCGAACAUUCAGUAGUUCUUCCCGGGCACAGGUGGCCAGACAGGAAAAAAUGGAUACUCAAAGAAGAGCCCCGUUAUCGAGCAGAAUUUGACGAAAGCUGCGAGGCUUGUAAUGACCCCGGUGCUGGCGAAGGUAAGAAAUGGAGAGCCGGCUGCCAAUGCAGUGUAAACAAUCUCAAAACACGUCUAGCUGCGGAUGGUGCUUAUUUCGGUGACCGGGUCGAGCUUCGAAAUGUCCAUCCAAUACUGGGAACCGGGGUAAGAGCCCUCCAACGUCUUCCAGCUCACUCUUUGCUCGCAGAAUAUACCGGAGAGAUCUAUCCUCUGUACAAGACUCAACAAAGAGGAAAAUAUAAAAAUAGCACUUACCUCUACUGCCAGACAAGACGGCUCUCAAACGGCGAAAUUGAAAAUGCCAUGAACAUCGAUCCGAGUAUACAUGGAAAUUGGACGAGGUUCAUCAACCAUAGCUGCAGGCCUAAAACCGACUUCGUGCUGUACAGCUGUGGAGAGAAGAUCGUGACAUGUGUCAAAGUUCGGAAGAGAGCCAUCGAAUUUGGUGAAGAGAUCACGAUAGAUUACGGAAAAAGUUAUUUUGAGAACCAGGGACUGGCCUGUCGCUGCAGAGAAGACGCUUGUCGGUUAUGGAAUGCUGAUAAGAUGAAAGAUAAUCGAACGACCUUGCGACAAGCGAGGCAGGAAGGAUUUGCUCCUGAUUGGGCAGAUGAUUGA